UCUUUUCUGUUAUUGUUUGCGCGUGAGUAGUUGAAAAAUGUGACUUACUUCUGUCUGUCAAAUUCGGCAAAGAAACAUUUCACUUUACUCAUUUACAUUUCUCAAUCAUCAGACGUUGAGGAAAGAAAAGAUUUGGCAGAAUAAUAAAUAUCAUCGUGUAGGUCUGUCGGAUUGACCGUCAUCUUGUGAUGAUGGAAAAGAUAGUUAAGGAUGUUGGUGAUAUUCAGUCCAGACUGAUUGAUCACAGGCCAGUCCUGCAGGGAGAAAUCAGAUACUUCAUCAGGGAGUUUGAGGAGAAGCGUGCUUUCAGAGAAUGCCGUCUGCUUGAAAAUCUGAAUAAGAUGACGUCGGACACAAAUGAACAUGAUCUGCCACGGUGCUCUGAGAGUAUGCAUGAGAAACUAUGUGAUGCUCUCACACGACUUGAAGCAGGGAAUCAUAUGGCCCAGAGGAUCCAGCAGAGGGAGCUAGAGGCUGAACAGAACACACAUCUGCAGGUGUGUGCGGAGAGGCGGAAGCAGGACUGGAAGGAGUUCCUUAAAGAGCAGUCUCGGCUGAAGGAGGAGGUGGAUGAGGAGCACGUUAAAGCUGUGGGCCGACUCAGUGCUCUAUACAAUGACAUGAAAAAAGACCUGGACAAAUACAGCAGCUUCUGAACCUUAAUGAACUCUUAUGUGUGUUUUACUUAUGACAUAUUAAUGUAGUCCAAUUAUUUCCUUUUUCCAAUUAGUUGACACUGUUGAUGAUGACAAUAAAGAAAUAUAUUAUACACAA